GCGCAGCCGGGGCACACUUGAGGGCAGUCUUUGCUUUACCUCCGCUUGUGUUUCUUGGGGCCUCUCUGCGUCCCGCGCCUGUCGUUGGAAGCCGGAAACGGUUGCAGGGUCUCGCUCCUUGCGAAGGGGUCUAUUUAAUCCUCGCCGCCAUGUCCGGGGGCUUCGAGCUGCAGCCGCAGGACGGCGGCCCCCGGGUGGCCCUGGCGCCCGGGGAGACGGUCAUCGGCCGCGGGCCGCUUCUGGGAAUAACAGAUAAGAGAGUGUCCAGAAGACAUGCCAUUCUUGAAGUGGUGGGUGGUAAGCUUCGAAUCAAACCGCUACACAAAAAUCCAUGUUAUUAUCAGUCUUCUGAGAAGAGCCAGCUCUUACCAUUGAAGACAGAUAUAUGGUGCUGGUUGAAUCCUGGAGAUCGCUUUUCUUUAUUAGUUGACAAAUACAUUUUCUGUGUCUUGUCCACACAUUCUGAAACGGAAAUGGAGUGUACUUUAAGAAAUAGUCAAAUGCUUGAUGAAGAUGAUAUAUUGAAUGAAACACCAAAAUCUUCCUCAGUUGAUUUGCCUGAUAAAACACCCAGUGCUCCACAAUUGGAAAGAAGCACAGAAACAGCGAGUUCCCAGACCACUGCAAAUAAUGUGUCUUUCAUAGGUGAAAGUAGAGACCUGAGUAAGCAACAGCCAAAUCCUUCCCAGAGGAAAAGAAUCCUCCCAGCAUGGAUGUUAACAGAAAAUUCAAGUGAUCGGAACCUUUCAGUCAUCAGUGGAGAUAAUAAUGUAACCCGGGAAAGUGAAAAAGAAAGAGUCUGCAAAGAUAAAACCCAACGAAACAUAACACAGCAAGGAAAAAAGCGAUUAAUUUCAUCAGGAAGUGCAGAAAGUACAUCAGCAGAGCAAGACACAGGAAAAAAGUGCAAAAAUGAUGAUCAGGAAGAGUCUAUCAUUUCAUCCAAGGAAAUGCCACAGUCAUUUUCUGCAGCCAUGUUACAUAACACAGAGGUAAAUAACACUAAGACUAAUCCACAGAGAAGCGAAAUCCCAGUAGAGGCACUUGGUAAGGUUUCUGAACAUAAAAUCAUCACUAAGGGAAGUUCAAAUGAAGACAGCAUGGCGAGAAGUUGUUCUGAGAGUUGUUCCAGUACCCUGAGCAAGUCUUUCUGUGAUGAGCCUCAAAAAUCUCAUCCUGAGUCCAGCUCUAAUACACCCAGUCCUGAAUGUGUGCAGGCGAAGGCAACCGAUUCAGUUCCAAAUGGUUCUGAAGAAAACAAGGUCCAGAGAACGUCCUGCAUGUAUGGGGCAAACUGCUACAGGAAAAAUCCUGUCCACUUUCAACACUUCAGUCACCCUGGUGAUAGUGAUUAUGGAGGUGUAAACAUCACGUGUCAAGAUGAAGCUGAUGACCGGCCUGAAUGUCCCUAUGGAGCAUCUUGUUAUAGGAAGAAUCCCCAGCACAAGAUAGAAUAUAGACAUAGUACAUUUCCAGUGAGAAGCAUUUCGGAUGAAGAUGACAAUGAAUACAACCUGAAUGACAGCUUUAUAGAUGAUGAGGAAGAAGAAUACGAGCCAACAGACGAAGAUUCCGACUGGGAACCAGGAAAGGGAGACCUAGAGAAGGAAGACAUGGAAGGGCUUUUGAAAGAAGCAAAAAAAUUUAUGAAAAGAAAAAAGUGACUCCUCUGCAGUCAUAUAUGGCUCAUAUUUACUGUUUCUUUAUGGAAAAAUAAUUCAGGAAGCACUUAAGGGAUAAUUGUUUUUCUGCCUUUUAUGGUUACGACUUUACUAUUGACUCUUCACAAAUGAAACAUUGAAUGUCACCCUUCAGUGUAGUGGAUGAAAUUUGUUUUGUUGCUUUGCUUUUUCUAUGUUAUUUCAAACAUCUGGAAAUACAGAUGAGUUAAAAAGCAUACAGAGAGUUAAAAAGAAAUGAUAUUUU